AUGUCAAGCAAUGUCACAAAAAUCGUUGAAGAAAACAAGAAAAGCAGACACUACAGUCUUUCUCUCAGCGACAAGAGCAUCACCCAACUGACGCAGAUUUCUUCCGACUUCAGCCAACUGCAGCACCUCUCCGAGCUCAUUCUCGCGCACAACGGCCUCAAACAGCUCGCUGCUUCGAUCACAAACUUAAAGAAUCUCAAACUGCUCAACUGCUUCAACAAUGAGCUCGUCGAGCUUCCCGGAAACUUGUCGGAGCUGCAAGAGCUGAGUAAUCUCAAUUUGGGAAUGAACAAGCUUCAGCGCCUGCCGAACAGCUUCCACAAACUCGCCAAGCUCGAAAUACUCGACUUGACAGAUAACGAGAUAACGCUCAUUCCGCCGGAAAUCGCACUAAUGGACAAUUUGACAGAGCUUCAUUUACAGGGCAAUUUGCUGAGUCUACUUCCGCCGCAGCUUCCAGUGCUCGUCGGGAAGAAGCUCAAAAUUCUGAGAGUGGAGAGGAACUAG